CCGAGCCGAGACCGAACCGCUCCUCUGGGGGGCCCCGCUCCGCGCACCCUCCGCCCCUCGGUGCCCGCCAUCCCCAUCAGGGGCGGCUCCCCUGGCCGGCCGGAGUGGAGCCGAGUGACGACUCCACGCGGGGAGCCGAAGGGCCCCGUCUGCGCCCCGUGAGCCCCGGGGCCGAUGGGGAAGCCCGCGGCGUGCGCUGGGCCCGGGGCCUGGCUGGCGGGCGCUGUCCCGUGAGGGCCGUGCCGAGCUCGGGGUGUCUGCGUUCGGUGCGGCCCUGGUGCCAUCACCGGGGGUCGGAUGUGUGCCGGCUCUCGCUCGCCGGUGGCAGACGGGAGCUCUGCACCCGUGUGUGUUAGCUUGGCGUGCUUGUGCUGCUGCUGAGGCCGUGGUGGGACGCGUCUGGAACGGGCCAAUCUGCCUGCUGACCUGUAGCAGAGGGAGUGUCCAGAAGUGGCCCUCGGAGUCUUGGAUCUUUUCUUACUUGAGACUUGUUUUGAGAUGGAGGCAGUGUUGAAGUGUCCCUGUGAUGAACAGCACCCUCAGCAGGCUAAAGACUUCCACGGGAAUCUCGAGCAGAACAGCAAGCUUUCAGCAGGAGUAAAAAAAGAUAUUGAAAAACUUUAUGAAGCAGUGCCACAGCUUGUAAAUGUGUUCAAAAUAAAGGAAAAAAUCGGGGAAGGUACUUUUAGUUCUGUUUACUUGGCCACAGCACAGCUACAAACAGGAUAUGAGGAAAAAAUGGCUCUGAAACACUUGAUUCCAACCAGCCACCCUCUGCGAAUAGCUGCUGAACUUCAGUGCCUCACAGUGGCAGGGGGACAAGAUAAUGUUAUGGGAGUUAAAUACUGCUUUAGGAAAAAUGAUCACGUUGUUAUUGUUAUGCCAUAUCUGGAGCAUGAGUCCUUCUUGGACAUUUUGAAUUCCCUUUCCUUUGAAGAAGUGAGGGAAUACAUGUUUAAUCUAUUUAAAGCGUUGAGGCGUAUCCAUCACUUUGGUAUUGUUCACCGUGAUGUCAAGCCCAGCAACUUCCUCUACAACAGGCAGCUGAAAAAGUAUGCCUUGGUAGAUUUUGGCUUGGCACAAGGAACCCCUGAUACGAAAAUUGAGCUUCUUAAAGCUGCCCACUCUGAAGACCAGCAGGGAAGUUGCUUGCAAACAAAUCCCAUUGUAACCUUGGGAAAUGGGGUUUCUGUCAGUGUCACAGCACCUAAACAGAUAGCUCAACAGUCAGCCUCAAAAGCAGCUGACAGAAGGUCCAGCUCACUUUCGAAAGUACAGAUGAAACAAGGAAGAGGAGGAAAGGAGGACUCUGUGCACCAUUCUGUCCAGCGCUCUGUCUUCGGAGAGAGGAAUUUCAAUGUCUACAGCUCCACGUACCAGGAGAACUCAAGCACAAAACUCAUAAAACAAUCAAAGGUGAUAGAUGUUUCAUCUAGGAAGCUAGUAACAAAGAAGAAGAUUAUUUCUACCAAAACUGUGAGCAGUGGGGCAGCCAGGAAAGCUGUCAGUGCUUGCCCUUUAAACCUGCCCUGUGACUGUUAUGCAACGGACAGAGUCUGCAGUGUUUGCCUUUCAAGGCGUCAGCAAGUGGCUCCCAGGGCAGGAACACCUGGAUUCAGAGCACCAGAAGUGUUAACAAAGUGCCCCACUCAGACCACAGCAAUAGACAUGUGGUCUGCAGGAAUCAUAUUCCUUUCUCUACUCAGUGGACGGUAUCCAUUUUUCAAAGCAAGUGAUGAUUUAACUGCUUUGGCACAAAUCAUGACAGUUCGUGGAUCCAGAGAAACCAUUCAGGCUGCUAGAACUUUUGGAAAAUCAGUUGUGUGUACCCAAGUUGUCCCAACUCAAAACCUACGAACCCUCUGUGAAAAGCUGAGAGGAACAAAUAGCAGCUGUAAGGGAUUUCAGGGGGAAGGGCCCAGCAGGUCUGAAAACAACACAGCUCUGUCGGUUGCAUCAGACAAACCCUGUGCUCCUGAGACACUUGGAAAACAAAUUCAACACUUACAGAGUUUUCAGGAAGGUGAUGGUGCUUUGGAAACGAAGGCAACUGACAUGAAAGGAUGGGAUCAGGUUCCUGAUGAAGCAUAUGACCUACUUGAUAAGCUACUAGACUUAAACCCUGCAACAAGAAUAACUGCAAAAGAGGCUUUGCUGCAUCCUUUUUUUAAAGACAUAAGGCUCUGAGAAGAUAACUUUGUUAUUCCUUUCAUAUGUUUUGUUGUAGAAAUGAAAUACUGAGGCAGUUUUACCUUGUUGCCCUCAAUAUUUACACUCACUGAAAUAACGUCACACUGUGCUCUGAACUACUGAAAUUUUGUCUUGUACAGUUAGACAUCAAAUGUCAGUUUAAGAAAUACUUACAGAUGCAAAAGUUACAUAAACAUCAGUAGCGUGGUGUUAUCCUAAGACACUUCUGAGACGUUAUUGCUGUGCAUACCUGUUCUCUGUAUGAAAGUUAACUUUGAUCAAAAAAAAUCGAAGAAAAAAGAGUUUCAUAAGAUCUAUGCUUAAUUCUCGAGAUAUUCCCUUAAAAUUUACAAGUUUGCCUUAAGGUAAGACUGAAAUAAGAAAGUGUUUGAGAGACUUUUUUUGGUACUUGCAUAUCUCUGCUUUGUUCCUGUUUGGUACAUGGGGGACUGAAAAUGGAACAAAGAGGAUUCAUUUUGUUCAGACUAUUUUCAGAGAACAGUAUUACUUUGGGAGUGUUGCUAGAAGAAAGGCCAGGUGCUGGAGAUUAUAUCAUCAAAAGAAAAGCAUAACUUUUAAAAGUACAUUUUUUGUCCCUGUCUGGUCUUUGCUACUUAGGAAAUAGUAAUAAAUGCAGUUACUCAUUUUGCAUGUUUCCUCAGUGCCAUGGGUAACUGUCAGUAUUCCACAGCUGCUGCCUACAAGGAUGUCUUGAGUGCCAGGCAUAGGUUUGAUUUCUGUUAUAGAAACUGAUUUCUUAAAAAA